UUAUGUUUUUAGAACGCUUUGGUUCAACCAGAAUUGAUGACCAGUUAAUAGCACGCAUUGAAAGGAUAACGAGGAAACCAGCUCAUCAUUUCAUUCGUCGUGGCAUAUUCUUUUCUCAUCGUGAAUUGGAUACGAUUUUGACACUGAAAGAACAAGGCAAACCAUUUUAUUUAUAUACUGGACGUGGUCCCAGCUCCGAAUCAUUGCAUUUGGGUCACUUGAUACCCUUUAUUAUGACAAAGUACCUCCAAGAAGCCUUUGAUGUCCCAUUAGUUAUACAAAUGUCCGAUGAUGAGAAGACAAUAUGGAAAGAUUUAAAAGUUGAAGAUGCUAUAUCACUGGCCCAUGAAAAUGCCAAAGAUAUAAUAGCAAUGGGUUUUAAUCCGGAGAAGACAUUUAUAUUUAAUGAUUUAACGUUUAUGGGUCAAUGUCCUGCAUUCUAUCAAAAUGUUAUACGUAUGCAAAAAUGUGUGACAUUCAAUCAGGUUAAAGGUAUUUUCGGAUUUGUGGAAAGCGAUUUAGUCGGAAAAAUAGCAUUUCCCGUUGUCCAAGCCGCACCGGCACUUUCCAGUACAUUUCCAUUCAUAUUUGGUAAUCAAAAAGUCCAUUGUCUUGUUCCGUGUGCCAUCGAUCAAGACCCAUAUUUUCGUAUGUGUCGUGAUGUAGCACCACGAUUGGGUUUCCCCAAAUGUGCUUUAAUACAUUCGACAUUUUUCCCGGCUCUACAAGGUGCAAAAUCAAAAAUGUCUGCAAGUGAUGAAAAUUCGGCUAUAUUUCUUACGGACAAACCAGAAACGAUUAAAAACAAAAUAAAUAAAUAUGCAUUUUCUGGUGGCCGCAGUACAGUGGAGGAACAUCGUAAAUAUGGCGGUGUACCCGAUAUUGAUGUGGCAUAUCAAUUGCUAAAUUUCUUUCUCGAAGAUGAUGAUAAAUUGAAGACAAUUCACGAUGCCUACAAGAAGGGACAAUUGCUGACAGGGGAAAUUAAGAAAAUAGCCAUUGACACUGUAACACCAAUUGUGGAGUGGCAUCAAGCUGUACGUAAAGAAAUAACUGAUGAUGUUUUGCAAGCCUAUAUGAAAAUACGUCCACUGAAAUUCGAAGGCAGUUCCUAA